CAAGAAAUUCCUAACGCCAUAGCCGUGCCGGUGCGAGGUUGAAAUUUUAUUGGAAAUCUUUUAAGAAAAAAGUCGGUGCUAGCCGGGCAGGACUCGUAAACGGUGCAAGGACACGAAAUUGGGAAGGGAAGCAUGAGCAUGGCACCGGCCACUGUCCUCCAGAUGCUGCGCGGCCUGAGUACGCCGCGCGUUCUCACUCGAAUCCACCAGCACCGCACAUUGGGUAAUCACCCAACCCACCAACACCACCACCGUGCUUCAUCGCGACUAUCCACUUCCACAGCUCUGUCAUCGGCUCCUACGCCACUCUCUCCGAUCCUACACACAGCCCGCGGAUAUAGCAGCACAGCAAAGCACGAAGCUGGAGGAGCCACUACAUCCACUGAGGGAUCUACCCCACCCAUAUCGAAUGCUCCACUGCUAGCCAAGCUGUUUCCGCAGACCUCGCCAGAGGUCGACAGCAACGCCGAACAAGAGCGACAGAAGCGCGAGGAGGAGGAGGCCAAGGAAAAUGAGCGCGCCUGGAAGCGCAUGAAGCUGGGCUUUGCAAUCUUUGGCGGUGGCGGUGUGGUUGCUGGCCUGUGGGCCGUAUACGAAUUCGGGAAGCCCGAGGUGGAUCCCAACGGGCAGACCAUCGAGGACGAGUUCACAAGCAAGCCGCUACUACAGCAGUAUGUGCAGCGGAUGUGGAAGAGUCUUCACUACUAUCAGCGAAUGAUCCAGGAGCCGUCACGGGCCAAGCUGCUGCCCGAUCCGCUCAAGGCGCCGUACGUGCAACCGCGCUACACUCUCGUCCUGGAGAUGAAAGAUGUGUUAGUGCAUCCGGACUGGACUUACCAGACAGGCUGGCGCUUUAAGAAACGUCCCGGCGUCGAUCACUUUCUGGCCGAGUGCGCCAAGGAUUUUGAGAUAGUUGUAUUCACCGCUGAACAGGGCAUGACUGUGUUCCCCAUUUUGGACGCCCUCGAUCCCAACGGAUACAUCAUGUACCGCCUGGUCAGGGAUGCUACACAUUUCGUGGAUGGACAUCACGUUAAGAACCUGGACAACCUGAAUCGGGACUUAAAAAAAGUAAUUGUUAUUGACUGGGAUGCGAACGCUACCAAAAUGCAUCCGGACAACACAUUUGGCUUGGCUCGCUGGCACGGCAAUGACGAUGAUGCCCAACUUUUGGACCUCAUUGCAUUUCUGAAGAUUAUUGCUCAAAACAACGUAGACGAUGUGCGUGAAGUGCUCCACUAUUACCGCCAAUUCGACGAUCCCAUUAAUCAGUUCCGGGAUAACCAACGAAAGUUGGCCGAGCAAAUGCAGGAGGCGGAACGCAUCGAACAGUCGAAGACCAAGCCCAUGGUUAAGCAGUGGUCGCGCAACAUUCUGGGGCGUUAAGAAGCUGGCCAUCCCGCACAACCCGUUCCAUAUUCAUACCUUAACCUUCCGCCUGCCCCGAAGCACCCCCAGAAAUGGGGAUACGCAACAAGCAACUCUGCAGCAGUACACUGGCCAUAUUUUUCGUUGAUAAAGAGUAGGAGUAGGGUGCAGGACAGGAAGGCACGCUCUUUUUAUUACUCCUUUUGGGAUAUGAUAAGGCGAAUGUUUUUGUUUAAAUAAAUAACUAAACUUG